GUGGUGCUCCAGACGCCGGUUAUAGGCUUCGUCCUCAUCUACCUGCUGCUCCUGCUGGUGUUCUACGAGUACAACUCGGGCGCCAUCCUCGGGCCUGCUAGGAUCUCUGCUGACGGAGGCGGGUCGAUCCUCAACCGCGGUGGUUUGGGAGUCGAUGAGGCUGACCUCGAAACUGCGGGAUCAAUCGUCUCCUCCCUGAACCGAGCCAGUACGAAAUACCAGAAAAUGGAUGAUGAAUCUUGAUGGGAUGAUGUGAUGACUCUUCUCUGGCUACCCCGGGCGUCUGCUAUGAUGUGAUGACUCUUCUCUGGCUACCCCGGGCGUCUGCUAUGAUGUGAUGACUCUUCUCUGGAUACCCCGGGCGUCUGCUAUGAUGUGAUGACUCUUCUGGCUACCCUGGGGGCCUGCUAUGAUGUGAUGACUCUUCUCUGGAUACCCUGGGGGCCUGCUAUGAUGUGAUGACUCUUCUGGCUACCCUGGGGGGUGUACUAUGAUGUGAUGACUUCUCUGGCUACCCUGACGGUCAUCUAGCCUGCUACCCUGACGCCCAGGGACACCCUGUCAGCUUGUCAUUCAGCUGGCCUGUUACCCCGUUAUAUUUCAUCCCGUGAAAACCUGGUUCCCAGACAGCCUGGCAUCUUGACACCCUUACACCCUAACAUCUUACACCGUGGCACCCUGACACCCUUAGACCCCGGCACCCUUAGACACCUCGACAUCCUACCACCUCCCACUGUGUCACCCUGACACCCUAUCACCCUGUUAUUCUUUUACCCUCCACCCUUCUAGCCCGCCGACCUAAGACUGACACCCUAACAGUAAUUGUAACAAGGUCAGGUGACUUCAUGCCUCUUUUUCCUUAGACAGUCAGAUGCCGUCCUUAUACUGUAUCGAGGUUGGAGUCACUUUCAUGCAAGAUCGUAAUAUAUAUAACAUUAUAGAGGC